UUAUUUUAAUCGAUAUUGAAUUACGCUUAAGAGGGUAGCUACUGAAUAGCCGCCGUUUCAACAAUAAUCCAUUCGGUUACAUUCCGUAAAUUUAAAUUUCAAUCUCGAAAAGUUGAAUCGACCGAAGGUUACGAUGGUUAUCGAUUCGCUCAAAGUAUCGUUUCCCCGAGCACGUCGGGAUAGCCUUCAUAUAAUUCUCCACUUUCUUGUAAUUCCGCCAUUCGUUACACGGCUCCAUUUCGCCGGUGUGAACGUCGCGAUGGCCACGGAACACGGUUAUGAAUCCGAAUGUGAGCGCAAACGAGAACUGUGCGCUGCGGUGCACCGCAGCUUGCCCAGUAAUUUCGUGCCACGCGUGUUCCCCGUAUGCGGUGGGUAAUGUAAUCAACUCUUAACAACCCGUUUCUUUUCCCAUUCCCCUGUAUCGUACAUUUCUGAAAAGAUACUGUGGAUAUUUUUCGAACGAUAUUUCUUACAUCGGAUAACGGCUACGUUCAAGGAAUGAUCUGCGUUUAAAUUUUGCGAGCAAAAAGUCACGAGAAUAACGACGAAUAUCUCGAUAAAAGUUCCUUUUCAUCAAUGAUAUAAUUCUAUUUUAAAAAAGGCACCAAAUUAAUGUUUUUUUUACAUCUCAAAAGAUCUCCAUUAUCGGAUCACUUUCGAAGCACUUUCAACUUCGAACUUCGUUCUCUCGGAAAGAAAAUGAAGGGAAACGGGGAUAUUGCAGUGCGAAACCGGUGAAUGAGGAUAUCAGGCGGCCCUCUCUCGACGAGCUGAAAAGCUUAUGGAGUGAUCGAGGGCGCGAGACGUAUGCACAUGCGUGCGGUAAUACGCACAGCGUGAUUGCGUGUUGUGCGACUCGUGGACGCGUUUAUUCUCCCGUUAUGUUGAUUACAAUCCGGCCGCGUGUGUAUCGGUCAUAUAUGACCGAUAACGCAUCUGUCUCGCAUGCCUGAGGGCGCCACGUGCGCGCCAAACCCAUUUAUUCAAUUCCGAUCGCGUAAAUUUUCGCCCGUGCGAGAGCGAAUAUCCUCGCCGAUUUUGUUGCGAAGGAUGCGGUUUCCGGCCGGUAUUCAGGCGAAGCAAAGUUGGCCAUCAUCGGUGGAAAUUGAAUGCAUCGAACGGAAAGGGAUCGCGACCAAUAUAACGCGAAACCGUGAAUGUUAUUUAAUCGAUUUGGGCAAACUCGUGGUAAUUUCGCUCCGAGUCGAGCUAUAAAUCUUUUUAUAAAUCUUCUUUUCUCGUGCGGAUUUCCUUUCCCCCCUCGAACAACCCAAUUUUAAUCCCAUCGAAAAUUGUAUUUUCGCAAACUGUCGAUCGAUUCUCGUUUCAGCAAAUUUGAAACUCGAAAAUAUUUGUCUACUGCUCGAUAGAGAUAGAGGGGAAGAAAGAGAGAUCGAAGAAAGGAAGAAAAAAUAGGAGAGGUAAAAAAAAAAAGAAAAAAGAGAUAGCACCGAGUCAUUGAUCACGAAAUAGAGGGAGAGUGUAUCAAGGAUUGAAAAGGGAACAUCCGGUGACCCUGUUUCUCGAAUCUUUUGAUACGUAGCAGCGUGGAUGAAACGGGUGGGAUGAACCCCCCGUGGAAAUACGGCAGUGGGUAAAUGGGUUUCCCUUGAAAAAACGUACGACCAGGUGAAAUCGACAUUACAGGCCAGCCGACGGAGCCGGUUGUUAAUCGCGAUUAUUCCGGUACCGGUAUAUCGAUCUUCCAACGAGCCGAUAGCUCGAGUUAAUUGCGAUUAUUUCGUAUUGGUACAGAUCAUUCACGUCGUGGUUGGUUGAUAGCCGCAGCUAAUAGCGAUUACGUACCGCUACUACGUGCUGUUAUCGAUUCGUUUCGUUUCGCUGUCGACAAACCUGCUGACUCCAUUUUGACGACGGUAGAAUUGGGAUAAGUGAGCCGAAGAUUGGGCACGUUGCGCGAAUUUUCACCGAUAGUUUAUAGAUAGAUGGGUCGAGAGGCGAAGGAGAAAUAUGGAACUAUCGAAUGGAAUCUCUUGUCUAAAGAUAGAACAUUUUUAAAAUAAUAACUUGGACGAAAUUUUGGAACACAAAUUCGUGGAACAAUCAAAAUAUUGCAGCUACCAAUACAUAUGUAUCUGGAAAAAUUAUAUCACAAGAGUUAUAAUAGUAUCGAGGCAUCUAAGGAUGUUGAUUUUCAGUUUCUUGAAAUUUUUUUAUAAAACAUAUUUUGAGUAUUCAUUCGGAUAUUUGCUAUUUUCGUAGUUCCGUUCGUUGUACGAUAUCGUUGUAAGUUACUGCAAAUACGUUGGUGAAAAUCAAUCUGGGAAAAUUCGGGUUGGACAAGAAUUAUUGGGACAUAAAGAUACGUAUCAUUCCGUAAAUCAGGUCAAAUACGUCAUACGAUUCCGCUGGAAUCCUUUCUCGAAUUUCCUACUAUUCGAAUUCGUUGUUAAAUCGAAUGAUAAAACAAAAAGAUUCGCGCCCAUAAAUCGUGCGGAUAAUUAACUUAACUCAUCACUUACUGCAUCGAUUUCAAGUUCGAAGCAAAAAGUAAAAUCGAAGCAACGACAAGCCUUCUUUUGAGAUUCUUUCGAAAUAAAAGACGAAGCUUCUUUUUUUUUUUUUUAUUUUAACUCGUCAAGAAAGCCAAUUCCACUUUUCCGGCAAGCGGCACGCACAUUAAAUUCUUUACGAACCCUGAGCACAACCGGUAAUAGUUAUCUCCGUCGCGGCUUUUAUCCCCUUUUCUUUUGUUCGAAAUUAUAUUUUCCGUGGUUAACGGCCAAACUGGAUUUGCUGGUUGGACAUCGACCGAUAUUUUUUUUCUUACCGUUCCACGGAUAAAGGGUGAAAGCUACACUAAACUCGAGCCAAUUUUACAAGUGCCGCUAUAAACUUGUAAAAGCUUAAUUCAAUUCUACGACUGGAAACGGGGUCGGUGUAAGGAUAAAAUAUUUACAGGUGACGACGCGUGUAACGUCGAAAAGUUUGCUUUUCUUUAUAUCUGAGGGGAGAGGGGUAUUUAUGCGAUUGUGAACAAAUUUUUACAACGUAUAGAAUAUUAAGAGAAGCAUCCAAUGAGUUAAAAUAACGUACAAACGCUAAGCAGGCUUUUGAAAUGUAUAGGCAAGUGUAGCUUUUAUUGUACAGAAAUUUCGAAACAGUGUGAUCCGACUUCCACAAUUAUAGCUCUCGAAUCGUCCGAAGUCGUCGAAUCUCCUAGCCGAAUUCUUUCGAUUCCAUUUCGUACGUAUACUCUUCGCGUAGAUUUCAUUUUUCUGCAAAAAUCCAUAACUCGAGGAUUAAACGAUAUUUACAAUAUUUAUUUAUUCAUUGAGAAAUGCGUAUAUUUAAAAGAAAAUUGAAAUUUAUCGCGCGAAAUUUUAUUAACGAUUCUAUCUUUUAUUUCCUUGUAAAUCCCACGUGAAAUUCCGCGUGCAUUGUCUCUCGAUAUUCACAUAGUCGCGAAGUAGCGUGUUUUUGUCAUGGUCGUUGAGACCAGGAAACGGGUGCGCGUUCAAUGGUCCAUACUCGAACGCGUCUUCGUCGACGGAUCGCAAUGGAAAUCCAGCGUGUCGACCGCGGGAAAUGUCACCGAUACUUUUGUUUAUGAUACCCGGACCACGGUAUGAAUCUUCGAGACACAUCUCCAGAGAUGUGUAUAUCUCUACGACCCGUUUUCUCGCGUAAAUCUUCAUUCGGCGAAAACGAGAGGGUGCGUGUAUACGAUUCCAGCUUAGAAAUUCAGAUAGUUAAACAUUUUUUUUUCUCUAUAAAUUGUCAAAUGAUCAAAGAUGUCAUUCUGUGUACAGUAUUAAUAUUUAAUAUGUAAAAUAGUUUUCAAUUCUUCUAUCUUUUUAACGUAUAAAAAAAUAUAUAUACGACGACGAGACGAAAAAGAAGAUAAUCAGCGAUACAUGGAUCGUGUAACAACUUCAUGGUCAAAACAAUGAGGAGGACGUAAUUGUCAACUGCUAUGCGAAAUAUUUUGGGUGGAUAGGAUCUGUGUGGACAAACAGAUGUUUGUAAAUGCUGAAUACGAAAUCGUAUAUUUGCGAAAUCAAGAGUGGUAUUCAAUGGAAGAUUGAAGGGGGAUCGUCGCAGUAAAUAAACAACGGCUCCGUUUUCGUCGUACAUCAUUUGUGACGUUGGACGUCACUUGAUGUCGGAGAAAUUUAUUUCUUUUUGUCGCUGGCCCGCGCCAACUGUUCCAUUUGUCACGAUCAUCUUGAAUACGAGUCUUAGUCCCCCUCCCUUUUUGCAAACGUGGAAGAAAUUGUUUCGAAUGGACAGUGUUGCGCAAUGUACGAUGAUGAUCGAUGGAAUCGUUUUCCUUUGAAAUUGUAUAUCAUUUUAUUUUCCCGGCGAUAUAUUAAUCCUUGGCGGAACAAACAAAAUGUUGUACGUUGAUAUUAGCUAUUGUUGAAGGAGAGAAGGUGAAGGGCAAUAAUAUCUUUAAAAAGAUCUCUUUCGAUAUCUUGUUGAAACGAUCGUGAUAUAUUUGGACAUCGUCUCGAGACGAUAUUCUUGAAACAAUUUUAAAACAUCUUCAAAUUAUCUUCAAAAUACCCUUGAAACUUUUCUAAAAUAACUCUUCUCGAAAUAUUUCUUAAAAACGAUUCUGAAAUAUCUCUCGAGAGUAUCGAGUAUUUUAUUUCUCCUUUCUCUCAUUUUUCAAAUCUACGUUUUAGUCAACGAAUAUCACUUUCGUUUUUCAAGAUAAAUUAUCACGUUUCCAAUCUUAAUUUCCCAUAAUGAAAUCCAAUAAAAAAAUUACCAAUAUUGAAGAAUUAAAAAUAUUUACAAUGCAAAUAUGAAUGUUCUACAACGUGUAUAAUGUCGAAUUAAUCAACAUGUUCUCGAAGAAGUUUAAUCGGUCUUUCGUUUCGCGCUGACAGGAAGUGGAAAGGAGAGGGGAGGAAAGAAGGGACGGGCAGUUCGACGUGCAGACAGUCGGAGCAGAUGCCCAAGGGCGAGAGGGAGACAGCUGUUGCAAAUUCUAACGAGAAGACAUAAUCUCACGCUAGAUCGACGCGUUUAUCUCGAGUGUACAAAAGCGUGCGCGGUGCAAUUUUUACCAAUCGCCUAACCCUAUUAUCCAAUCCUUUCCCCGUCCCAUUUCUAUUUUCGUCUUCUCGAAUAACCUAUUUUUUUUUUUUUUUAAUAAUUCCUAACGACUUUUAUUUUUAACGAAUCGAUUAGAAAGAGAGAAGAAAAACUCAAGAUUAUAUAAAUUUAACGAGGAUAGAUUUCAAGGAGGAGGACUUUUUUUAACAAAGAACGUUCAAUUAUCUGAAAAAUCUUAAUAAAAUCGAAAGUUUUAAAAUUUAUCCGAUCUAUUUAUAAUGAGAGAAACUUUACUUUUAAAAAAGAUAAAAUUAAAUCCGCGAUAAACAAUUAUUAUUCUAAGAUAUCGCGCCUAUUGUCGACGCUUUUAUCCAAAGAUAUUUAUUAAAAGACUUCGCAUGUACCUGUCAAAUCAACGCCGCCUGGCCUCCAAAAUGUUAACACACCUUCCCGUGCCGUGCUCGAAAUUUGAUGCAUGUGUGCACGUUAAGCUGGAAAAAUGAGACUCGAUAAGAAGUUUUCCAUCGCGCGUCACCUUCGUUUACGAAACUUAAUUCGAGAGAUUCUCAAGGGUUCAAAGGGAUCGGAGAGCGAUGAAACGCGAUGAUAAAGUGGCACUGCACGGCGCAACUGUGUUCGAUGAUAUUCGUACCGCGGACACGUUGGUUAAAUGCCUCUGUUUGAAAAAAAAAAAAAAGAAAAAAGGAAAAAAGGCUGGGAACGCGUGCUAGCGGGACAGAUUCGAAUCUGUGGCGCGUUUACGAGGAGCGAAAACGCAAGGUCGUCGAACCGAACCGAAUCGAAUCGCGUUUCGCGCGUAAAUCCGUCACGCGACUCCAUUUUCUCGCCCCUUCAUCGUCGAAUGGAACUCUCUCGUGCGUUUCCAUCGUCGAACGCGAGUGUCACUCGUUUGGAUAAGAUAUCUCGAUAAUACAUUCCUUAUAAUGUAACGUCACGUUGAACACGUUGUGAUAAUUCGAGAGUGAAUCGAAGUUUUCAAGCGACAUUUUUUUCCCUUUCUUUCUUUCUCUAAUGUUUAUUAUUAAUAGUUAUUAAUUAUUAUUAUUAGUACUGUUGCGAAGACGAGAAGUGAUUCGAAGUAACCGAAUGAAAGUGUAAUGAAAGUGAAAUAGCAGUGAAAAAGAAUAAUUGUUGGUAUACAAAGAAAAUGUUAUAUUUAAUCGGUGUUAUUGUUAGUUUGAUUACGUUAUUUUGGGAAUGUUGUAGUGUAGUUUUUUUCGAGCAUGCAUUUUUAAGAGUGUGUAUUUAUGUGAUGCUGAUUUUAACGUAGAUCGUACACUUCCUUGGCAAAGUGACGCUCAAGGCGGUCACGGAUUUCUCGCUCCUGUCUAAAUUAAGGAAAUCCUCGGGAUGGAGCUAAGAACGGCGAAACUGUUACUCUACUCGACGCUAAUGGUGGUGGUGUGUUGGAGCCAAGAAUAUUGGACGGCUCAGUGUGCAUCCUCGUGCAAGUGCAGAUGGAUCUCCGGGAAGAAGGCCGCCGAGUGCAUCCGGCAGAAUCUCUCUCAGAUACCUGUCGGCCUAUCGCCCGAGAUCCAGAACUUCGAUCUGACCGGGAAUCGUAUCACGUACCUGAUGCACGAGUCGUUCAGCCGGGUGCAUCUGGUCAACCUUCAGAAGCUGGUGCUUCGAAAAUGCGAGAUCGAGUUGAUCCACACGGACGCGUUCAACGGUCUGAAGAUCGUGAUCGAGAUCGAUCUGUCGGCGAACAAUAUUGGGACAUUGUACCCGGGCACGUUCGAGGAGACUCAACGGCUCAGGGUGUUGCUGUUGAACGACAACAAGCUGAAGGUAUUGGAGAACGGUUUGUUCCACAAUCUCAAGUAUCUGCAGAAGGUGGAGUUGUCGAACAACGAGCUUGAAAGGAUAGACGACAAGACGUUUCGCAAUUUGCCCGAGUUACGCUCGUUGACCCUGGACGCGAACAAUCUGAGCGCGUUGAAGGUGCAGAGCUUCGACACGCUGCCCAAACUUGGCAGCCUCGAGCUCCACAACAAUCCGUGGAAUUGCAAUUGCCGCUUGAAGAGAUUUCGCGAUUGGACGAUAGAAAAGAAACUGUACACGAAACCUACAACGUGCCAGCAGCCGGAGAGUUUGGCAGGGAAGAUGUGGGACGAGAUCAGCAGCGACGAGUUCGCUUGUAGGCCGGAGAUAUUCACGAUCGGCCCGUCCGUGAAGGUCGAGGUCGGCAAGGGGAACGUCACCUUCUGGUGCAGGGCCUCCGGGAUCCCGCGGCCGCAGCUAUCUUGGGUCCAUCGGUCGCGAGUAAUAAACAAUCACACGAGAAGGCACAACGGCGAGAAAAUCUACAUCCUGAAAUCUAACCACGAGUGGCUGAACCUCACGAUACCGGACGUUGCGCACUCGGACAAGGGCGAUUACGUCUGUUUGGCGAAAAGUCCGGGCGGAAAUACGGAGAAGAACGUGACCCUGACGAUCGCAGGCGACGCCCUAGGCGGCAAGGACAAUAUAAUCAGUCUGCCCCUCGCCCUCGGCUUAGGCGUGACCGCGUUACUGCUUCUGAUCGUCACCGUAACCCUUUGCGUGUGCUACUGCCGUCGCCGUCGUAUCAGGCACGACGAGAAGAGCCUAGAGGCCGCCUCGAUGGAGCACCACGGCCUAGGCGAACAGGAGAAGUCCCUCAUCACGACCAUAAAUCCCGUGGUGAAGCCACCCAGGCGGUACGAGGCGCCUUCGGUGACAUCGCACGGCACCGAGAUGACGGAGCUGAAUCGUACAUUGCUCGACAACGACUCGGUCUUCGCUGAUGGUAUCGGUGGCGGUGUCGGCAGCGGGGUGAUCGGCGGCGUCGGCGACGACGAGAGGGAAGAACGAGCGACGCCAGAGCUCGAGAGCGGGACAGGCACCUUAUGCCGCGGAGGAGGCGGAAGCUAUCGCCAGUAUCCGCCGGAUUUGUUGGCCUUCUCCGGGGGCCGGGGCGCAUCUCCAACUAGCCAGGCGUCCACGGCGCCGGACAACACGCGUCUUCCGAGUCAGCACGCGACGCCCACCACGGCCGCGUUCGGCUCCCCCUCGAACCAAUAUCCGGCCGCGUUCAAGACCCUGCCGCACAACCGUAGCGUCACCCCCUACGGAAUCACGAGCUCGACGAUCGCGCCCGUGAUGCCCCGCCACGGCUACGUGACGAUACCUAGGAGACCAAGAGCGCCCAGUUGGAGCAGCGGGCCCCCCACCUCGCCCACGGACGGAUUGGAGCCGGUUUACGACAAUCUGGGGCUUAGGACAACCGCGGACGGUAGUUCGGUGCUGUCGUUGAACAAGAGUCCUGAACCACUGUCCACGAUGAGGAAUAGGCCUCUGCCCGGAACGCCGGCCUCCCAUUACGGCACCAUACAACGAAGCACCCCGAACAUACUGACAAGCAGCCCGCUCGACAGAUCCGCGCCCGAGGGCGCGGCUGAAUGGCCGUCCAAGAUCGCCGACGAGUCGACGGACAGUACGAACCAACUGCUUGGACAACAGGCGCAGCAGCAGCAACAACAACAGCAACAGUCGGGCAGUAGCAACACGCUUAAUAGGAAAGUGCCACCGAGACCACCGCCGAAACCCAAGAAGAAGUCGACCAACGGGCCUCUUUACGAGGACGAGGGUGAGGACGGCACGGAAGUAUGAUCGAUGUACGUCGGCCGGCGAAGAUGAGGCCGCGAGGUCGUGGCCGUGGUGAGCACAAGGGACGCAUGACCGAAGCCACAAUAAACCGGUAGUGCCUUUCGAGAAACGAGUUGACGAUCCAGCGCCCGAGGGAUGUCGAGGAUCGUCGAUAAUACACGGUUGGAGCGCGUUCGGAGGUCCGGCCGGCAAAUGUGCUGACGAACGAGCGUGCGAGGGCUUCCAACAUCCGGUGAUGAGAGGGAUCGUAGAUCCGCCGGAACAUAGCGGCGAAACAUCUCGGGCGAGACGCCUUUUGCCGGUCGUUCUUUCUUUGCUCGUCGUGUUCCCUCUGUCUCUCUCUCUCUCCUCGUGUAUUCCUUUUUAUUUAUUUUAUCGCAGGGUUUUUUCGCACGCUUGUUACGGAACAUAUCACGUACGUGUAUAUGUGGCUCGUGAGAUCGAUAUUUAAUUAUCUGAAAUAAUUGUCGGUGGAUAAUAAGAGCGAGGGGAACGAUGAACGAAAAUUGACUACUUGUUCUUCUGGAUCGUUUCAUCAUUUUUAGGGGAAAAUUUGUUUUCGAUUGAUUGAAUCUCGACGGAUUCGAUGGACGAUCGUUACGAAGGUUCGUGCUUGGUCUCCGGAUGUGAGGAGGGAAAUAGUGUAGAGAUAACGUCUUGUGCCGUUGGAUGAACGUUUAUCGGACGGUCUGUGUGUAAAAUACAACGUAACGGGAUAAUUAGCAUUAAGGAUAACGUCAACAGACGUUCGUCUUAUUUAUUGACGUGCUUGUUGCAUGCCACACAUUCGAGCCACAUUCACAUCGUGUGAACGAUCCAUAUUAUUUUAUACUAUGUCGAGAUGAUCAUGCGAUUAAUACCUCCUAAUUUUUA